AUGAAGGAUCAGGGAUCGGGCGGCGUCACUCCCAGCCCCGCAGAAGGGGAAAAGAAACCCAUCAACACGGAGCUGUGGCAUGCUUGUGCCGGGCCCCUGGUGUCGUUGCCCCCGGUGGGUAGUCUCGUCGUGUACUUCCCGCAGGGCCAUAGUGAACAGGUUGCUGCUUCAAUGCAUAAAGAGCUGGACACCAUCCCCAGCUACCCAUCUCUGCCUUCUAAGUUGAUCUGCAAGCUCCUAAGUCUCACCUUACAUGCAGAUUCUGAAACCGAUGAAGUUUAUGCCCAGAUGACGCUUCAGCCUGUGAACAAAUAUGAUCGAGACGCAAUGCUGGCAUCUGAACUGGGUCUGAAGCAAAACAAACAACCAACAGAAUUCUUUUGCAAGACGUUGACAGCAAGCGACACAAGUACGCAUGGGGGAUUCUCAGUGCCACGCCGUGCAGCUGAGAAGAUAUUUCCACCGCUAGACUUUACGAUGCAACCACCAGCCCAAGAACUCAUUGCCAAGGAUCUGCAUGAUAUUUCAUGGAAAUUUCGACAUGUCUACCGAGGUCAACCGAAGAGGCAUCUUUUGACAACUGGUUGGAGUGUCUUCGUCAGUACAAAAAGGCUGUUAGCUGGUGAUUCAGUUCUCUUUAUAAGGGAUGAGAAAUCUCAGCUUCUCUUAGGUAUAAGGCGUGCUAGCAGACCCCAACCAGCUCUGUCAUCAUCAGUUUUAUCAAGUGACAGCAUGCACAUUGGAAUCCUGGCAGCAGCAGCCCAUGCUGCUGCAAAUAGUAGCCCAUUUACUAUUUUCUAUAACCCAAGGGCAAGCCCAUCGGAAUUUGUCAUCCCUUUAGCAAAAUACAAUAAAGCUCUGUAUACACAAGUGUCCCUUGGAAUGCGAUUCAGAAUGCUCUUUGAGACAGAGGAUUCAGGGGUAAGAAGGUACAUGGGCACGAUCACAGGCAUUGGCGACUUAGAUCCACUGCGGUGGAAGAAUUCUCAUUGGCGAAACCUUCAGGUUGGUUGGGAUGAAUCAACUGCAUCUGAGAGGCGCACACGUGUUUCGAUAUGGGAGAUUGAACCAGUUGCUACACCAUUUUAUAUAUGCCCACCACCAUUUUUCAGGCCAAAGCUUCCUAAGCAGCCAGGAAUGCCAGAUGAUGAAAACGAGGUUGAGAGUGCUUUCAAAAGAGCGAUGCCAUGGCUUGCUGAUGACUUUGCUCUGAAAGAUGUCCAAAAUGCAUUAUUUCCAGGCCUGAGCCUAGUUCAGUGGAUGGCUAUGCAGCAAAAUCCUCAGAUGCUAGCAACUGCUGCCCCUGAUGUACAGUCGCAGUACUUGACCUCUAAUGCACUGGGUAUGCAGGAUGGGAUAGGCAGUGCCAGUGAAGAUCCAACAAAAAGAUUGAGUAUGCAGGCCCAAAAUAUUGGCUUACCUAAUUUACAGGCUGGUUCCAAAGUGGACCACCCUGCAAUUACCUCAUUAGCUCAACACCAGCAGCAGCCUCACCAUGUAUUGCAACAACAGCAGGUCCAACCACUGCAGCAAAGUUCUGCGAUUCUGCAGCAACAGCAAGCCCAGCUGUUGCAGCAAAAUGCCAUUCACUUGCAGCAGCAGCAAGAACAACUCCAACGGCAACAAUCACAGCCACAGCAACAGUUGAAAGCUACUGCAUGUCUUCAGUCAUCGGACCAGCACAAGCUGAAAGAGCAACAGCCUUCAGGUGGACAAGCUGUCUCACAAGCACAAUUGUUAAACCAGAUUUUGCAACCAUCUUCACCUCAGCUACAACAGUUGGGUUUACCCAAGUCACCUACCCAGCGCUCAGGGUUACCAGGUCUAACAACGAUGGGUUCUUUGCAGCAAUCACAAUUAACUCAGACUCCACAGCUGCAACAAACAGCAGAAUACCAGCAGGCACUCCUACAAAGUCAACAACCCCAACUACAACAACUAUCACAAUCAGAACUGCAGCUGCAGCUGCUUCAAAAGAUUCAACAACAAAAUCUGCUAUCUCAACUGAACCCACAGCAUCAGUCCCAGCUGAUCCAACAAUUGUCUCAGAAAAGCCAGGAAAUUCUCCAGCAACAAGUUCUUCAACAUCAGUUGGGUGGUCCUGAUGCCAUGGGCCAGCUCAAACAUUUGCAGCAAACACCUUUGAACCAUACGACGGGAUCCCUGACACCCCAGCAACUUGUAAGAUCACACUCAGCACUCGCUGAGAGCGAAGAACCAUCCAGCUCAACAGCUCCAUCUGGCAGCCGUAUCUCCCCAAUAAAUUCAUUGAGUAGAGCACACCAAGGAAGCAGAAAUUUGCCUGAGAUGCCAGCAACACCGCACAUUGAGCACUUACUUCAGGAAAUUCAAAGUAAGUCAGAUAAUCGAAUCAAGAAUGAUAUACAAGGUAGUAAAGAAACGGUCCAUGCACCUAAUCGUCAUCUAGCUUCAGAUCAACUUGAUGCGUCAUCUGCUACCUCCUUUUGUUUAGACGAGAGCCCACGAGAAGGCUUUUCCUUUCCUCCAGUUUGUUUGGAUAACAAUGUUCAAGUUGAUCCAAGAGAGAAUUUUCUUAUUGCGGAAAAUGUGGAUACAUUAAUGCCCGACGCCCUGUUGUCAAGAGGGAUGUCGUCUGGAAAGGGUAUAUGCAAUCUGCCUUCUGGACAAAGGGAUCAUAGGGAUGUGGAGAACGAGCUAUCCUCUGCUGCAUUCAGCUCACAGUCAUUUGGUGUGCCUGACAUGUCUUUCAAGCCUGGAUGUUCAAGUGAUGUUGCUGUUGCUGAUGGUGGAAUGGCAAGCCAAGGUUUGUGGAAUAGUCAAACACAACGGAUGAGAACCUUCACCAAGGUUCAAAAGCGUGGAUCUGUUGGGAGAUCAAUUGAUAUAACACGAUACCGAGGUUAUGAAGAUCUUCGGCAUGAUCUUGCAUGCAUGUUUGGUAUUCAAGGGCAACUUGAAGACCCCUACAGAACGGAUUGGAAGCUGGUCUAUGUUGAUCAUGAAAAUGACAUCCUCCUUGUCGGGGAUGACCCCUGGGAGGAGUUUGUAAGCUGUGUCAAGAGCAUUAAAAUAUUAUCAUCUGCUGAAGUACAGCAAAUGAGCUUGGAUGGUGACCUUGGUUGCAUCCCUCCUCAAACUCAAGCCUGUAGUGCUUCUGAUGACGCAAAUGCAUGGAGGGCCUGA